GAGAGAGAGAGAAUGUGAGAGUUAAGAAAAUAACAAAGAAGAGUGAAGAGGGAUUGCGGGAAGAGACAUUAGAUAUCCUAUUAUUCUACAUUUCAGAGAUGAUGUCAUUCUGCUGGAACUUGGCUGCUAUGCUCCUUCUACUACUACUGACCCCUGACCUGCUUCCCACCCGCCUCAUCAACACCCGCCCCCUUCUCACACACGCCGUUCCCACCUCCCCGCCAGUCACAUACCCCAAGAUCCAAUACGUUACCGGCAUGGGCUUCGACUACGACGAAGAUGACGACACUGAAGAGGAUGCUUCCCAUUUCCCUCCUAACCACAGCAAAGCCUCAUCAGCUUCUACUCUAGUUCCGAUGCAGUCCAAGCCCUGUGACUACCAUCCCUGCCAGGACAACCAGCUCCCCUGCUCCCAGCUCUCUGCCCAGACCAGAUGCCUCUGCCCUGGUCUAAGUGGUGCAGGCGAGCCCCCUCAUGCUCCACACCUCCAGAAGCUAGUGCCAGGCGCUAAUGGGGGGGCAGAGGUACGGUGGUGCGCCCCAGCCUCUGUGGUAUCUGGGUACCGGGUCGUGAUCGAAGAUCGAAGAGGAGAACCUCUCCAGUUCGGGGGUGAUUCUCGGAGCGGGGUGCUGGGGGAACUAGAGGCAGGUGUCAAGGUGUGUGUGGAGGCGGUGAACAUGGCGGGAACCAGCGCCCCCUCGAAGCUCUCCUGCCUGCGCUACGACCCCCCUGAGGCCACCAACCUGGCCCUAAGGGCAGGGGUUAUCGGAGGGGGGCUGGGUUUUCUCCUGCUCCUUUUCCUGGUCACCCUGGUCCUCUGGAGGCGACAGACAUGUAAAACAGGGGAAAACUCAGCAGAGGGGCUGGGAAACCCCUCCUACAGCACAGAGGGAAUGCUGUGAUCCAGUUUUGAGAUUACAGACGGUACAGUGAUUCAGUAGCACAGGCGACCCUUAGAGAGAAUGUAGGAGUAAAGCAACUGGGACAGGACAGAGCCAAAAUGGCUUCACUCACCAGUGACUCACCAGCACUGUGCUCAGGUUGUUCAGAAUCCUGCACUUAUGAAUAUAGGAAUUAAACAAGAACUUUGGACUUUUGUGAACUAAAUAACCCUAACAAAAUCUUAAGAGGCGUUGUGACUAAAGAGACUGCAGGUUGUUUGCUGGCAAAUUAACUUGUGUUCAGAAGGAUCAAGACAGAGCAGUUAUGGCAGUCAGAUUCAUGUGUAGAAUAAAUGAAACUAACUCAAUAAUCAUGAUGAAUAACAAAAGUAAUUGUUUUUCUAAUAAAAGUGCU